UCGUAAGAGGACAUCGUCGUCAUACUUGUUGCUCCUCCGUCGUCGAUUUACCGGCCGUCGUCGCUAGUCGUUGCUGCUCGUCGGCAUACUCGUCUUGUGUUCAUCGUGCGACGUCACUUGUUGCUGACGGCCUGGCCCACUCUCGCAAAAGUAAAAGCUCGAUUUGCGAUUGUUGCGGCAUUCCUGGGACAUUCUACAAGUGGCGGUCGCCAUCAUUUCCGGUUAAGUGGGCAUCCGUUUAGUUGAAUUUGUACAUUGGCGGAAGUUGGUCGCUGGCUGUAUAUCGGUGAGAAUUUUAACGGUUAACAUCAAUUUCGAACAGAAUCGGAUGGAUUAGAAGUAAUACAACUAUAAUAAUAGUGUGAAAUAAAUACGAAUUGAAUAGCAAAUAAUGUGAAAAAGAAAAAUGAAAAUAGCAAAUUAGCAAAAAUAUUGCAAACAUCACAAUACGGAAAAAGUUCGAAAUUCAAAAUUACGCAUCAGAAAAAUAAGUUCGUAUAUCUUGAUGCAUUAAAAUAAAAUGUUGAAAUUCUCUAACUAGAACUCAAAAGUGUGUCCCUGAAUAAAAGUGGAAAAAUGUUAUAACUCCCCUGCGUUGUUCCUAAAGAAAUACGAAACUCUAACCGCUUUAUUCAGAAGAUUAACCCGCCCACACAUACACACAUACCAUUGUAAAAUGAAUCAUGAAUUGAUGUGUAAACUAAACAUGCACGACACUCAGGUGAUGGAUUUGAUGGCUUCCCAUGAUUUCGUACAGCUGCAGCAGCAGCCACAACAACAGCAGCCACAGCAACAACAACAACAACAACAACAACAAAUGCUCAAUUAUACAAUGACAGAAACACAAACAACACCGCCAAAUGUACCACAUGCCGAUAAUCCGGAUAACAACAGAUCUUCAAGGCCAAUAAGACGAGCCAGUCGCAGGACGCCACAGUUAAGCAAUAAUUAUGAUAUGGAAAUGACAGAUUCAAGUUCGCAAAGCGAUGACACAAGUGGUGGGGGAGGCAGCAGCAAUGGCGGCGGCAGCGGGGCACGACCUUCAAGUCGUGGCAGAAACUCAUCGGGUACGAAUUCGAAUCGCCGCAGGAAGGGCACACUCAAUGCAAAGGAACGUAACUUGCGUCGCCUGGAGUCCAACGAAAGGGAACGCAUGCGAAUGCACAGUUUAAACGACGCAUUUCAGUCCCUGCGUGAGGUGAUACCCCAUGUCGAAAUGGAACGUCGUCUAUCAAAGAUAGAAACACUCACCUUGGCUAAGAACUACAUUAUCAACCUGACACACAUCAUAUUAGCCAAACGGAACGAAGAAUCUGCAUUAGAUUUUAACGGUGUACUGAUGAAUGGUAACGGUACCGUCGAAAAUGGCAACGUCAACAAUGGUGUGGAUCCGGAUGUCAAUAUCUUGGGUCUUAAUGCUGGCAACGGCGUCAAUGCCAAUGGUUUGAUCGCCUUGAAUGGUAACUGUUACGACGAUUCGCCACUUACCAAUGGCGCCACCUACAAUUGUACUCUUUUGGCGGAGCACCAUCAGAAUACCGGUGCUCCUCAAUCGUUGACGACAGCCACUACCACCAUACAGAUACAGAAUCAGCCACUUAGCCACAUGCACCACCAGUCGCACCACAUUAUGAUAUCGAAUCACAAUCAAAUCAUGAUGCCUCAACAGCAGCAGCAGAAUGCAUCUGUUCCACCUCCUCCACAGCAGCAACAACAGGCAGCGAUCAUAAUGAACGGUUACGGUGAUUCAACGGCCGAUAACAAUUUCGAUGAACCCUUCCGAGAGUUCUUGUAAGACCACUCGCCAUGUUGAAAUAAACAAAGUCCACAGAAGGAUACCAACGAAUGAAUGUCUAGACCUAAGAUUUGUUCAAUUGCAAUUCGAGCAAAUUACCGACCGAAGGCAGCAGCUGCACAUCUCAAAAUUCACCAAAUGAUUACAAAAAACCAACAAAUUAGUAAAUAAAUUAAUUAAAUAUUGUAUUAAAUUAUGUAUGAAUAAAAAUAAUUAUUAAAACCGUAA